GAUCUUCCAUUGUCCUCUCUCUCUCUCUAGACUUCCCAGCUAUAGUUUCCUUCUUUUUGUUCUUUCUUGAUCUCGCCACUUUCGGGUUGGGGAUGGAUCUCUUCCAGUUUCAGCUUUGAUGAUGGAGUGAGUACCCAAACAAUGAGGGUGGCAUUGUGAUCUUCCACAAGGUUAAGCCAAUUGCCUCCAAAGUUUCCACCAUUGUAGAUCAGAGAAGGGCACUGAGAGUCCUAUGAAAUUAAGGGUUGUUCAGCAGUAGAACGACUGUAUGAUUUUACUUUCUUGGAAAAUGAAAACUCUUUUCUUUUGCUUUGAAUUUGGUUUUGCUUCUGGCGAUGAUCUCCCAAUUCGGGUCUGUCGGGCAAUUUGCAUUCGGUGUUCUGCUUCUUAGCUCCUCACCCCCCCACUUGCUCAAUUCUUGAAAUUCUACAGAUUUUCAGUUCCUCCUCCAGUGUUUUUUUUCUCUUCUUUUCUUAUGCAGAAGUAAUAUGGGUUGACACAAGUUUUUGAUUAGCAGAGCGGUGACAUUUGGCUUUUUGAUGAGGUUUUUGUUUUGCAAAUUACAUUGUCCUUUCAUCUGCUUCUGCAAACCUGCCCCUCACAUCUACACACCCGGACCACCAAAAUUGAAAAAUUCCCCUCAUGUCCCUCCUUCCACAGUUGUCUCUGUCCCUGAUGCUUCUCAUCAGUUGUCUACUCAGACCAAUGAGGUCAAAGACGAUGGCAUAGUUGAGCUUGAGAAGCAACAGCAGCAGCAGCAACACCAACAACACGAAGUUGUUAAUUGUGUCAAGAGUAGUCUCAAGAAGGCAACUUUGGAGACCAAAGAGACGAGGAAAAAGCAAGUCCAAUGGAUGGAUUUCGUGGGGAAAGAACUUGCUGAGGUCAGAGAAUUUGAGUCAAGUGAAAUAUACGACAACUACAAAGAUGCAGAUACAAAUAGAGGCUGCCUCUGCAUCAUUCUUUGAUCAGACUGGAGGGAUGAAAGAACAGUUUGCGCUUCUCGUCUCCACAUUGAGUCCACCUGCAUUGGUAAACUAAACAGUUCUCUGCAUCAGUAUCGAAUUCCUGACUGAGUACCUCCAUCAAUUGCAGCAUCUCGAGCUCCGGAUUCGACACUUCCAUUAUGAGAAAUCAGUCUCACAGAUCUAGGCACUUGAUCCGCGAAAGUUCAUCUAAAGUAUCAUUUAAAGCCAAUUAAAAGACACACAAGGAAUUCAUACCAAAGAAGUUCACUUUUCCUUGAUCUGAGAAGCUGACAAUGUUCCCUCGUUUCGCCACUGUCAGUUACAUGUUACGUUUUCAAGAUUA